UGGAGCCAUAGUGGGGCGGUUCGAUAUCGCCAAGUUGUCCAGCCUGGAACUUCAAGCUGUGCCUGAGGUUGGUUGGCCAUUGCCGCGAGCGUGAACAGCGGCCCCUAUAGCACACCCAUCGACGACAAAGUCUGAACGCACGGCCACACAGUAGCACGCGAGACAGCCAGCGCAAAAGGAACCAUGAGGCUCUUCUCGAUCCCCGGCCUGCUGGUCGCGGCCGGCCUGCUCCAGGCCACUGCCGCGCACAACAUCGCGCUCCCGGCCCACGGCCGUGAGUGCUUCCACGAGCAGCUACACAAGGACGACAAGAUGACCGUCACCUUCCAGGUCGGCGAUAGGGAGUUCGGCAGUGCCGGGAACCUCGACAUUGACUUCUGGGUCACGAACCCGACCGGCCAGUACGAGACGUUCGAAAAGUCGACUUCCAACGGCGACUUCUCCUUCACGGCCCACCACGACGGCCAGUACACGUACUGCUUCGGCAACGAGCACUGGGGCGCCACUAGCAAGGAGGUCUCGUUCAACGUGCACGGUAUCGUCUACGUCUCCGAGUCGGACCACCCCCACGACCCGCUCGACGCCGCCGUCAAGCAGCUCUCGGAGCUGCUGGCCCAGGUCAAGGAUGAGCAGAGCUACAUCAUCCUGCGCGAGCGCACCCACCGCAACACCGCCGAGAGCACAAACAGCCGCGUCAAAUGGUGGAACCUGUUUGUCAUUGGUGUCGUCAUUGGCGAGUCCGUCUUCCAGGUCUGGUGGCUGCGGAGGUUUUUCGAGGUCAAGAGAGUGGUGUAGGGUGACUUGUUGGGGGCUUGAAGUGCUGCUUUCGUGAAGUGUACCAUUAGAACAGACAUUUACAGAAUCCAGCUGGAGAUAUUUAGUCUCUAUGCUUGCGAUGUACCACCCGAGGACGGCUGGCAAGAGGGCAAUAGGGGUCUGGGCAAGUCGAAGCACAGACUUAAACUCCCAAAAUGCGAACUAGUUAUCCGAGGGCUAGGGGUUGUUGCUCUCCGAAGUUGUUGCCCAUGUUUAUUUGAAUACUCGUUCUUGUCAUUACAUAUUCGGAUCACACCCCAUGAUUUUACUCUUCUGCGCUUUCCAGUCAAGUCCCUAGCUAACAGAUUCAAUGUCCCGAAUUUUGGUCCUGUCACUGUCUGUGAGCGUGUGUUUUAAUCAUUGCAGCUACAUCUCCAGCGUUUGUGAGGUAGAUUUGACAGAGAUGACAACAGUGCGGGGGUAACAUUAACGCGUCUAUAAACCAACAACCCUGGUAUGGAACGAACCGUCCCCUUCUCGACACAUAUCAUCGUGUAACAAAUCCCAGACAGCUUCAAAUAACAAAUAGCAAUAAUCCCAUCCAUAUAAAACGCCAUGCAGUUCGCAAGAAAUUCGUUCGCCG